UAUUAGCGUUGCACAUCUCUAUUUGUUCAUUCAAAGUAGAAAUAGAAACAAACAUUUGUUUAAAGGAAACACCUAACUUGUUACGGGUUCAACUUUAAAAACUUCUAACUAACGUGUGAAAUUUCAAAAUGGGAGGAUGUCGUUGUUCAUUCCGCCGGUGCCCUGUGGGGACGUCUCAAAAUCCCGGCAUGCAUUUCUUCCAUUUUCCAAUAAAGCACAAAGAGCGCUACCGACGUUGGUUGAAAUUAGCCAACACAAUGCACUUCCUUGACUCAAACAAGGCCUACCAAAUGAACCGCGUUAUUUGUGCCAGACACUUUCGUGAUGAAUGCUUUAAAAACUAUAAACGGGACGGCCUAAAUAAGGGCGCUGAGCCAACACUAAUGCGCUUAAAUGACGAAAUGGCUUUGGAUUAUUCGCACGAGGAGGAGAAUGGUGGACCCGAAUUGAUCAAAUUACCACAGUGUACACUAAAACAUUUAAUUCCACCGGAAGGGUAUGUGUUUGCCUUCUCCUUUCAUGACAAUUUCAUUGUUAGUGAAUAUUUAAAGGAAAAUAAUAUUGUAUUAGGAACUACAACUGAAGCUAGGCAAUUACUUAUUGAAAAGAGGACUAGAGAAAACCAUGAUAUAAGCUUUGAGGAUUGUAGUAGCGCGAAGAAAAUUAAAAUUUUAAACUCCACCGCUAUCAACUUACCUUCCAAAACAAGUGACUCAAUACCAGCUGAUACAAUUAUUAACAUAAAAAUCGAUCAAGGCACCUCAGCGUUGGAUUUGCCACUGGAUACCGAAGUAAAUUUCGAAUCUGAAGCGGCAGGCGAGGAUGUAUCAAUAGAAUCAGAAGAAGAAGAAGGGGAAUAUGAUUUCAUCCAGAUUGAAAAUUUUAUAAAUGAGAAUUCAGAUGAACUAGAAAGUGAUAAUAUAUUCAAUCAGCAAAAAUGUGAUGAACUCUCUAAAGAACUGCAAGAUAAAGAUGAGAAAUAUGUUAAGAAAACAGAGGAAUUGUUAGCACGAAUUCGGGAGCUGGAGAAAGAGCUCGGGCAAUCAAAAGAAGAGUUAAAGAAAAAAACCACAAUUUUAAGUAGAACAGAAAUUGAGCUAGACAAAGCCACCACCGCGUACCAAAAUCUGUUGGAAAACUAUGAAGAAAUGGAAAAUAAAUAUAAAAAUGAGUUGGAGAUCAACAAAGAUACUUCGAUGGAAAACCGACGCCUGCAGCAAGAAAAUGCCCGUUUAAGUGAAAAAUGCAUGGAAUAUGAAAAACAAAAGCAGCUAAAGCAAAAGGAAUCAGUAACUACUAGUCAGGCACCGUCAUCGUCAAAUGGCAAAGAUAUUGCCAUUGGCAAUCGACGUUACCCUGGAGGACACAAUAAUAUGCAAAACACGCCGUCAAAGGCACAACUAUUUAAUGGUAUUAAAAAGUAUAUAUCAUCAUCUAUGCUUGCAUUGCUGCGCAUGGAGAUGUUCGGCAGUGCGGAUCGCGAUUGGAAACCCGACGAGCAACGUGUGGCCAUGGACUUGCUGCAGCUUGGCGAUGAAGUGUAUAAAUACAUAAAUGAUGAGUGGCGUUUUCGCUUACCCGCAUUAGGUGAAGUCAGAGCAUGGCUUGCAGACACUACGAAUUCAAUACAUGAUGAAGAGGAUCUAUAAUUUUUAAUUAAUUUUUAUUAUUGAUGCUAUACAAGAGAUUAAAUUUUUUAUAAACUAUAAAAUUGAAAUAUUCAUUGACGAAAUAUUAGUUCUAAAAUGUUGUUACAUUAUCGGGCAAGCUUGUUGCUACUGGACUAUCCAAAUUACAAAUAAUUGACGUGCUCUGUAAUAAAUAAAUAUUUAUUGUUAUUUAAGAAAAACAUAUGAUGACGUAAUAAGAUAUCUAUUAGGAUUAAAUACGUACAAAAAUAUUAUU